UGCGUCGCCACCGCCACCGCCACCGGCGCCACCCCGGGAGCUCGUGCUCGGGCCUGGGGUCUGCACUGCGAAGCCCGGAGGAGACACCCUGAGUGCAAACUCCUGUAUCCCUGCAGCGAGGCUCCGGGGCUCUGGGAUUAGGGAUAGUGGUCGAAGCGGGCUGCGUGGCUGGAGGCUGGAUUGUCACUGACCUCCAGCCGGGGUUGCGGUCCGGAUCCCUUCAGGAUGGGCACCGAGGCGCGAGUGUUCGGAUUCAGGGGAGAGCACAGGGGUGGAGAGGGAGCGGAGGACUUGGGCCAUGGAGAUGUGGGGCCCGGGGCUACGUCCACUCUCUCUGGGCAGGUGACCCCCGCCCAGGUCACCGCCCCAGGCGCACGCCCAGUCUAAUGGACAUUUAAAAGCCGGCCGAGUCGGCUAGUCCAGAUUCGGAUUGGGGAGAUGGGCCAGGCAAGGGAUGAACUUGAAACUCUCAGCUCUUUAACUUCCAACUGCCUGCUGGCCUGUAAUGUUACUGGAACUUUUUUUUAAGGGGGGGGGGCUUGAAAUUGGGAGGCGGGAGCUAAAAAUAUUAAAUGGUCUCUGUUUUGUUACGACCGAAUCAUUCCGAGGAUAAGCUGCAGUUACGCGGCGGGUGGGGGUGGAAGCAAGAAAGGCUAUUUCAGAAACUGCAAAAGGGGCUUUUUAGAAGGAAAAAAAAAAAGAGUGUCGGGAGAGUUUCUGGCUUGUCUGGAAACGGCAAGACUAAUUGCCGUGCGCUUCCGCUUUGAAACUGGCUGCAGACAGCAUCUUGAAAAUGACUCACUGAGGAGCUCACAAAGAAACUGCGGCUUGCUGCUGCUUCUCAGGUAUGGAGAGUGCAAUCACGCUGUGGCAGUUCCUCUUGCACUUGCUGCUGGACCAGAAACAUGAGCACCUCAUCUGCUGGACAUCGAACGAUGGCGAGUUCAAGCUCCUCAAGGCGGAAGAAGUGGCCAAGCUGUGGGGCCUCCGCAAGAACAAGACCAACAUGAACUACGACAAGCUGAGCAGAGCGCUGAGAUACUAUUACGACAAGAACAUCAUCAAGAAAGUGAUCGGGCAGAAGUUUGUGUACAAGUUCGUCUCUUUCCCGGAUAUCCUGAAAAUGGAUCCUCACGCGGUAGAGAUCAGCCGGGAGAGCCUCCUGCUGCAGGACGGCGACUGUAAGGUGUCCCCGGAAGGCCGAGAGGUCCACAGGCACGGCUUGUCCUCUCUCAAAAGUGCCAGCCGCAACGAGUACCUCCACUCGGGCCUCUACUCGUCCUUCACCAUCAACUCCCUGCAGAACGCUCCAGAGGCCUUCAAGGCCAUCAAGACGGAGAAGCUGGAGGAGCCCUGUGAUGACAGUCCCCCUGUGGAAGAAGUCAGGACUGUGAUCAGGUUUGUGACCAAUAAAACCGACAAGCACAUCACCAGGCCUGUGGUGUCCCUGCCUUCCACAUCCGAGACCGCUGCGGCAGCGGCAUCCGCUUUCCUGGCCUCGUCUGUCUCAGCCAAGAUCUCCUCUUUAAUGUUGCCAAAUGCUGCCAGCAUUUCGUCUGCGUCACCCUCUUCAUCUCGGUCCCCAUCCCUGUCCCCCGACUCUCCCCUCCCUUCUGAACACAGAAGCCUCUUCCUGGAGGCAGCCUGCCAUGACUCGGAUUCUCUGGAGCCCCUGAAUCUGUCAUCGGGCUCCAAAACCAAGUCUCCAUCUCUUCCCCCAAAAGGCAAAAAACCCAAAGGCUUGGAAAUCUCUGCACCCCAACUGUUGCUCUCCGGCACCGACAUCGGCUCCAUCGCCCUCAACAGCCCAGCCCUCCCCUCAGGAUCCCUCACUCCAGCCUUCUUCACCGCACAGACACCAAGUGGACUGUUUCUGGCCUCGAGUCCGCUGCUGCCCAGCAUACACUUCUGGAGCAGCCUUAGUCCUGUCGCCCCACUGAGUCCUGCCAGGCUGCAAGGGCCGAACACACUUUUCCAGUUCCCCACACUGCUCAACGGUCACAUGCCGGUGCCGCUCCCCAGUCUGGACAGAGCUCCAUCCCCAGUUCUGCUGUCCCCCAGCUCUCAGAAAUCCUGAUGAUGGGCCACCAACGUCACUGUCAUCAACUAAGGACUCAGAACAGAUGACGGAUGAUGCCAGUUUGUCCCCAUGGGCUAGUUUACCUGUGUCAUGAGAAGGACAUUGUGAAACCUGGUUCAUUUGGUUUGCACUUUUCGUAACAUGGAUAAUCUAGAUGUAUGUUAGCAUUUUAAAACAAAAGUUUUGUCUUUUUAUAUAUAUAUAUAUAUAUAUAUUCAGCUCUCUAUAAAAGUCUGUUUCGCAUUCAGUGAAUUUUAAUGUUUGUGGUUUUUUUUUUAAUCUUGUUAGCUCUGGAGUGUUGAACACUGCCAGGGAGGAGCCUUUCUUAAUGUUUUCAAUGUAACUAAUGAGGAUGUGAAGCCUUUUAUUGCUUUAACUCUACAUAUGCUGAACUCCGCUUGCAUACACGAUGUAACCAGCUGUGCCUUCCUUUGCAUUUAGUGUUAUGUACAUGAAUUUAUGUAUUUCUAGUAUUGAGAGGAACUGUUUGAAGGACACCUUGGCAUCCAACAGCUCUCCGUAGAGGGUUAUUUUCUCACGUAGACACGUUCAAGUGAACCUCCAUCGCGGUAAGAACUGCCUUAGGACCUCUUCGGAACUGAAAUCCAGUAAUGUCCAAGUGAUGGGUUUUUAUAUAAGAAUGAACGAAGCCAUAUUUAGACAAUAAACAUUGUUUAAAGAACAUGUUCCAAAGUGCACUUUUUUAAAAGAAGAACUUUGAGAGACCAAGCCGCUCAGCCGUUUGUAGAAGCCUUUCUACUUCCUGCAGAAGUCUGGAAUGCUAAGGCUCCGUUAAGUUCACACCAGCCAAACUCUCAAGGGGACUUUCCAGGUUUGUAUUUAAUUUUGAGACUAGCCCUGCUCUCUUCAUUUCCUACAACCACAACCAUCUGGUAUCUUUGUCACUACUGGGAGUUAAGGUUUCUUUAGAUUCCUGGCAUGACAAUUAAUAUUUAAAACCUAAUGUUUUAGGGCUGAGGAUAUAGCUCCAUAGAAUGUGUAACCUGCAUGUGUUGAGGCUGUGGGUAUAAACCCCAGUAACCUGUCUCCCUGUCUCUCCCCAAAAAGGGCGUGGUGGGAAACAAACUAAGAAUGUUUUGGAAGAUGCUUACAGAUGGUGAAUUCAAACAAAGAAAUGUUUAUAUACUACCAGCCAUGUAUAGAGAUAUUUCCUGUGUGUAGAUAUAAUUUUUGAUGGAUUAAAUCCAAUGCAUUACUAAGAGCUGGAGGAACUGAAGGCCUUGCUUCUGAGGAUGAGCACUCAAGAGCCACCGCUUUCGGUAGUAAUGAUGAUGAGAAUAAAGGGACUCUGAGAAGGGGAGACUUGUCAGGAUCUCCCUCUGAAACGGAUGCAGCAGCUCCUCAGAUGCUCCGCAGGGAAGGCUUCACGUGCUGAGUAUGGCUUCCGGCUGUGACGCGAGCAGCCUCUCAUCUGGUGAGACCCUGAAGGCAGCACACCUGUGCUUAAGGGGAAGUUCUACUGUAACACUCUGAAGGCAAGGCACUUUAAAUUCAAGAUCAGGUGAGCUGAAACACCACUCAUCUAUAAGUAUUAAACAAACAAACAAACAAACAACUGCAAUGUGCCUCUACAGACUAGAUACUAAAUAGAGGAUUAUAAGGGGGUUAAAAAAACAAAGCUCGUGCAAAAAAUUUGAAUUUUAAACAAUCUAAAAUUAUGUUUAGAUACUUACACAUUGAGACUUACUACCGAAGUUGACUUUCUUUCUAAGGGGCAUGUGUCUUUACUAAGGGGAGAAAAAAACCUCUGACUGUAAAGCCAUGGAGACAGCUCCAAGCCCAUAAAUAGAUGCCCUGCCACUCCCUCACGGCGAAGAAUAAAUGUGUACUAAAAUAAAAAGGAGCUGGUUCAGGAGGCUGUAAUUACCGAACACAGUGUCAGAGCUGGGAGGGGCUUUGAGAGUGCUGGCUUCCAGCUGUUCUCUGGUCAAGACAGGCACACAGGACAGGGGUGGUGGGGGUGGAGAAGCUGGCCUGGAGCUGCCUGGGGCCAUAGCAUCCACUGAGGGAAGAGUAAGAGAGCCUCAGAACGUAAGGAAACGUAAGGUUGGAAUGUUUAAAAUGGCUAGAUGAGGAUGCAUUUGAUGUGCAAGAGUCUUAAGAAGAAACUAAAGGGACUGAUGUGCAGGGAUCUCAACAAGAUGACCUUCUGUCGACCUUUAAACUAUAAACGCUGGUUGGAAAUGUUCCCAUGACUGUAAGUCUGCCUGUUGAUUCCUUUUCUUCCAACUACCAUGAUUCUCCUGUGGACCCAGAUGCUGGCAUGAGGACUGUAGAAUGGAGAACGACAGCCUCUCUGCCUUCUGUGUUUUUAACAGGAGAAAUUCAGCCGGAACGUAGGCUCCCAAGAGCAUCCCCGGCUCUCUUUUCUAUGCUUGCGUCAUCAGUGUUUGACUGCUGAGGCUGAGUGAGGUUGGAGCUCUAGAACCUCACUGUGGGAGCUGAACUCCGUCCCUGCGCACAGCUUUCCUACAGCUGCAGGGCUUCCUCCGCGGCCACACGGGUGUCGUUUUUACUGUAAUACUGUUUUGCUGAAUAAAUACUUUGUAAUAAAAGAGUGUUUGGAUUCGA